GUCAUCUCGCCUAUCUUCGGCCGAGUCAGCCGCUCGCAGCCGCUGGACCUCCAACCGUCGUCGAGCGGCUCGUGUUGACACGUGUCUCCCGCGGACAGACAUGAGCGGGAGAGUCGGAGACCUGAGUCCUAAACAGGCCGAAGCACUGGAGCAGUUUCGAGAGAGGAUACAAGACAUUCUUCCUCAACUUCCUGCGCAGCAUGACCACUUCCUGUUACGUUGGCUCAGAGCCCGAAACUUCAAUGUGCAGAAGUCGGAGGCCAUGCUGCGAAAGCAUUUGGAGUUCAGGAGACAGAUGAAAGUCGACGCGAUAAUCACCGAAUGGCGUCCGCCAGAGGUGAUAGAGAAGUAUCUGUCAGGGGGGAUGUGCGGGCACGACCGCGACGGCUGUCCCAUCUGGUACGACGUGAUCGGGCCGGUGGAUCCCAAGGGCCUCUUCCUGUCCGCCUCCAAGCAGGACUUCAUCAAGUCCAAGAUCAGGGACUGUGAGAUGCUGCAGCAGGACUGUACCCUGCAGACGCAGAGGCUUGGGAGGAACGUGGAGGGGAUCACCAUGGUCUACGAUGUCGAAGGUCUCGGUCUGAAACACUUAUGGAAGCCUGCGAUAGAAACAUAUGGAGAGAUCCUCCAGAUGUUCGAAAACAACUACCCAGAGGGUUUGAAGAGACUGUUUGUCAUUAAAGCGCCCAAACUCUUCCCUGUGGCCUACAACCUCGUCAAGCACUUCCUGAGCGAGAACACGAGACAGAAGAUCCACAUCCUCGGGGCCAACUGGCAGGAGGUGUUGCUGAAGUACAUCGAUGCGGAGGAGCUGCCGGUGAUCUACGGGGGCAAACUGACGGAUCCCGACGGGGAUCCCCGCUGUCGGACCAGGAUACAUCACGUCGGCCCAGUUCCCUCGUCCUACUACGUGCGGGACCAUGUGAACGUGGACUACGAGCAGUGUAUGACCGUCAGUCGAGGGUCCUCUCAGCAGCUGGACUUCGAGAUCCUGUUCCCGGGCUGCGUCCUCAGGUGGCAGUUUGCCAGCGAGGGGGCGGACAUCGGCUUCGGGGUGUUCAUGAAGGCUAAAAAGGGCGAAUGGCAGAAGGCGGCUCAGAUGGAGGAAGUUGUGGCCAGUCAGCGCUACAACGCUCACCUGGUGCCCGAGGACGGCUCGCUGACCUGCGAACGCCCCGGCGUCUAUGUGCUGAGGUUCGACAACACCUACAGCAUCUUCCAGGCCAAACGAAUCAGUUUCAGCGUGGAGGUCCUGCUGCCGGACCACCUGCAGCGGCCGCAGGCCAACGGGGCGUCCAGCAACGGCGAGCAAGCCGAGGGCAUCGGCCCGUCGUAGCCGCGGAGACGAGGGAAACGUGCCACUACCACGUUGAAGGAUCAUCUAUCUAUCAUGUGUAGCCACAUUUAAGCACAGCCUGACGUACUUGACUCGACCGAGGGGACACAAAAAUGCUGCCAACACACUGUGGAGGUCUCGGACUUUUCGGACCCCACUGUCAAAGAAUAAUAUUGAAUCUGAAUGUUGGACGACCCUUUAAUCGUCCCUCGAUGACCUCAUUUAUUGCGCGUCCAUUUAGCAACAUCAAAUCACCGCUGCUCCACUUUAAAGCGUUUAAGAAACACAUUGAUGUCUGAAAUAUGGAGGAACAUAUGCAUCUUCCCAUACCAAGGGAUCGCAAGCACGUUAGCUAAAAAUGUAAAAGUGCCUGAAACAAGUAUUCUCUGGAACGACCAGCAGAGGGCGUCUCCACCGGUCGUUUCUAUAGAAGUCUACGAGAAAAAUGAACAACUUGAUUUAUAGCGUCAGCAAAACGUUUUCCUGAGUUUAUGGUUCAAUCUCUAGUUUCAAGUCUUCUUCUAUACAACGUGACGUUCAUUUUGUAAAUUAUGGUCCAUUUAAUGUCAAGUAGACGAUGAAGCACCCUGUGCAUUCGAGCGUGGAUACAGCGUGAUUGACAGAAAGUACCGUCCAAUAGGUGCACGGUUACAGGUUAAGGAGGAUGUACAGUGGAUAAGAUCUCAGUCAGGCCCCUCCCCCCCACCACUCCUCCAAAUAUGUUUACUUCUGGUUUCAAAAAACCAAGAUGGUGGCCGUCAAAGUGCUAAACUCGAAACGGCAGUUCACAAACCAACGGUUGACGUCACGUUGUGUUGCCACUAAGAUCAAACUAAAUGUUGUCAAUGUUUGUUCCCUACAAAAUAAAUUGUCUUGCCUGGAAGCUUAAUAACAAGCUAACUACAAGCUAGCUGCGAGCUACCUGCGAGCUAACUGCUAAAUUGAAGUUACCCUCCUGAUAGACUCUCACACAAAAUGGGCGCAAAGUGAACGUGUUGGUUCCACCAUAGUCCAACAAAAUGAAUAGCGUCGCCAAGGACCAAAGAAUGAAACUGUUUUGUUUAUUGUCUCUGAACAAAGGAAAAGACUUUCAAGAGAUUUUCUUUCCAUGUAUAUGUUCAAAAUAUUCGCCUAUGGAUUUUUUUUCAUGACAGUCAAUCAACUACAGCACGGUAUUAGAAUUAAUUUAUAUGGAAACCAAAGCCUGAGUAAAUAUGAGGCGAAUACUUUGAGCAAUGGAAAAUGUGAAGAUGUUGAAAUAUUUGGAAUAAAGACAUUUUACAUUCA